GGAGAAUAUCAGGCCGUGUUCUAGCUUCUUCACCCUGCAGCCAUGGCGACCCACGCAGCUCUCGCGGCCUCUAGGAUUCCCGUGAACCCGAGGUUCCAUUCUAAGAGCAACGUCAACUCUUUCCAUGCUCAAUGCUCCUCCAAGAGGGUAGAGUUCGCAGAAUUCGCCGGUUUGAGAUCCAGUGGUUGCAUGGUGUACAGCAAGAACGGCGGGGAUUCAUCCUUCUUCGAUGCUGUGGCUUCACAACUCACCCCAAAGGCUGUGGCGGCCGCUCCUGUUAGAGGAGAGACUGUGGCCAAGCUGAAGGUUGCCAUCAAUGGGUUUGGACGUAUUGGUAGGAACUUCCUCAGGUGCUGGCACGGCCGCAAGGACUCUCCCCUCGAAGUCGUGGUGGUGAACGACAGCGGCGGUGUCAAGAACGCCUCCCACCUGCUGAAAUAUGACUCGAUGCUUGGAACCUUCAAGGCUGAUGUAAAAAUUGUGAACAAUGAGACCAUCAGCGUUGAUGGUAAACUCAUCAAGGUUGUCUCCAGCAGAGACCCUCUCAAGCUUCCCUGGGCUGAGCUCGGCAUCGACAUUGUUAUUGAGGGAACAGGAGUGUUUGUUGAUGGUCCUGGAGCAGGGAAGCACAUCCAAGCUGGAGCCAAGAAGGUUAUCAUCACUGCUCCGGCCAAAGGUGCCGAUAUCCCCACCUAUGUCGUCGGGGUCAACGAGAAAGACUAUUCUCACGAGGUCGCAAACAUCGUAAGCAAUGCCUCUUGCACCACUAACUGCUUGGCUCCCUUCGUGAAGGUCAUGGAUGAGGAAUUUGGAAUUGUCAAGGGAACAAUGACAACCACACACUCCUACACUGGGGACCAGAGGCUUUUAGAUGCAUCACACAGGGAUUUACGGCGUGCAAGAGCAGCGGCACUGAACAUAGUACCGACGAGCACGGGUGCAGCCAAGGCGGUGUCAUUGGUCCUGCCUCAGCUCAAGGGCAAACUCAACGGCAUUGCACUUCGUGUCCCUACGCCUAAUGUAUCGGUGGUGGAUCUCGUUGUCAACGUAGAGAAGAAAGGACUGACGGCAGAAGACGUAAACGCUGCCUUCAGAAAGGCGGCUUCCGGUCCCCUCAACGGAAUCUUAGACGUAUGCGAUGUCCCUCUCGUUUCUGUUGAUUUCAGAUGCUCGGACGUCUCCUCGACCAUCGACUCCUCCCUCACCAUGGUCAUGGGUGAUGAUAUGGUCAAGGUCGUCGCCUGGUACGACAACGAGUGGGGUUACAGCCAAAGGGUGGUGGACUUGGCGCACCUAGUGGCGAGCAAGUGGCCGGGAGCUGCCGCAGGAAGCAGCGGCGACCCCUUGGAAGAUUUCUGCGAGACAAAUCCUGCCGACAAGGAAUGCAAAGUCUUUGAAGCUUGAUUCCUUUCUCUUGAAUUUCUUCUUUAAUUCUACCAACAUUCUCAUCAUCUCAAUAAAUUUGGUUUAAUCCAUAUUUACAAAAAAAUUGGUUUAAUCAACCAUUAUUCAUGCA